GCGGCGACGGCGUCAACCGCGUCCGCCACCGCCGCCGUUCGCCGCCAUGGGGCUGCUGGGCGAGGUGACGCGGGGUCUGGUCCGCGGAGCCGACCGCAUGUCGGCCUGGACGAGCAAGCGUGGCCCGCGGACCUUCUUCAAGAGCCGCGGCUGCAAGGUCUUGGGCAGCAUCACUUCGAGCCGCAAGUUCGUGCUGGUCAAGGACCGCGUGCCGGUGCUGAUGGUGCCGGACCUGACCGGCUUCAAGCUGAAGCCCUACGUCUCCUACCGGGCGCCCGCGGGCAGCGAGCCGCCCCUGAGUGCCCGCGCGCUCUUCCAGUGGACGGCCGCGCCGCUGAUCGAGAAGGACUUCCAGCGGGGCACCUUCGACCCCGACGCCCUGCAGAAGUACGGCUUCGAGCCCAGCCAGGAAGGGAAACUUUUCCGCCUCUUCCCCAAGAACUUCGUGCGCUAGCCGGCGGAAGGAAGGGAGACACGUACACACCCCAAUUGGAGAGCAAUCAUCCCCCCCCCCCAGGAUUGCAACUUCCUUGCAGCCUUUCCAAUGCUGGAUCGAAAGAAGAGGGAGGGAAAGACAAUUCCUUGAAAGAAGGGGGGGGGAGGCACAAUUUAAGACAAAAUUCCCCCAAAGAAGAUGGAAAAGCGUGCAUUGAACAAAGAGGGAUAAAAAAAGACACCAUCUCUCCAACAGCAACUUUUGGAAUAGAUCAUUGAUGGGGUGAGGGUAGAAUAAAGAGCAUGCAGAUCUUAUAUCGCCCUGUCUGGAAAAUGUUUCUGCUUUGAAACUGUCUGGAAAAGCUUUCAAUAUAUACAUGUUUCUCUAUGGAGUUGUUGUUGGUCUCUGUUGGAA